AUGACAAAGAAUCAAACAAUAGCUCAUAAACAUGCAAUGGAUAUUCCUCAUGUGGCGGCUGUUGAAUUACCAUUAAUAGUAAAUAACACUGCUAAGGCCAUUGAAAUGAUUGGAGGUCAAGAUAAAAUAGCCCAGGCAGUCAACUCACUGCACACAAGAAGAGCAUUGACUGUUGUGAGCCAAAGCACUAAGAAUAAUAUGAAGAAUUUGAAGGAACGUCUAAAGAGUCCGAGUAUCAAUUCUUCUUCUUCCUCGAAUAGUAAUAAAGGUUUAAACAGCGGAGAUAAGAAAUUAAAUCCACUUAAUAUUAACAAUAAUAUAAGUGAAGAGAAUACCGGAGCCAGUACUUUAGAGUUAAGAUUACGUCCUAAAGAUCCAUAUCAUCAUCCAAUUCAAAGUAUAUUAAGCACUAGCGAGAAAGUGCUACUCAAAGUAUCAAUACCCAAGGAUUCAUUGCCUAAAGAUUAUUAUGAUAAUCCAGAUAACUACAAAGUGAGAGACCUUUUGGCUCAAAGCAAAAGUGGCAAGUACAGAGUAAGACCUGUGGCUAUCAUAGAUAAAACAUAUUCAUUCAAACUGAUUGCUGAUUUCCAAGUUAGUACUAAGAAUAAUAAAUACGUCCAAGAGUUCACCACCGAGUUUAUGGGUGCCAAAACAUAUGAAAACGUUGUGAAAUUUGUUACGCUGCAUCUGUCUUUUCAAGGUAUUGAGGACUUCAAGGACCCAGAUUCAUAUGCUAAUAUCGAUCACCACUUACCACCUCCACCUGUUUUCAGUAAUAUUAAGUAUCCCUUUGAUUUUAGAUACCAAAAGAAUCCUUUAACAACAACAAUUAAAACAGAAUCAGGUGAAGUUAAGGUUGUUGCUAAAAAGGAUACUCUCAAGUUACAUACCAUCAUCAUUGACUAUUAUGCUGAUCCACCAUUAUCACCUCGUUUACCGUUGAUACAGAAUCUUGCAUCGCUAACUAGUUCUGACCUUGAAGAAUCCAGUCCCGAUAAGUUAUUAUUAGAAUGUAUAAGAUGGUUAGAAGGUGUCUUUGCUGUGAAGCCUAUUUGGUUAAGACGGCACUUGAAAGACAUUGCACCUCCUCAUUUGCUUUCAGCUUUGAAACAGGCAUUACCUUAUGUUACUUAUAUUUAUAAAUCGGGGCCAUGGAGGUUUUGCAACAUCAAAUAUGGGGUUGAUCCCCGAUCAAAUCAAAAGUACUGGAGAUAUCAAAGUGAAUAUUUCCGUACUCCUGGAGUUAAUUUCAAUAACAAUCCUAGCAUAGCAUACACUUCUGAAAACAGAAGGCUCCCGCUGUCAAUUGACGUUGAUAAAGUGCCAGAAGGAAGAAUGGCAGAUUUUAGUAUACAUGAGAAUUUGUUAUUUGAUGGUAAAUCUAAGGCAGUUACAAUUACGUACCAAGUUGGAGACUUUCUCGAUCCAGAUAUUUUAGCUACUUUUAGUAGUAAAAUGAAGGAAGAUCAAUUUUUCAGAGAUGAGCCUGAUUCUCAAGAUGGGUGGAUUGUACAUCAAUGUGCAGAGAUAAUGAGACGAUUGGUGCGUUACAAAUUAAAUCGAAUCAUGAAGGAAUUACCUAUUGAAUCACUGAAGAUUACAAAAAUCUUACAAACAGAAUAUGAUGAUAUUAAAGAACCUUCAUCUCAGAUGGAAAUUGAUGACGAGCUCAAAGAAGCCGUUGCAGGUGAUGGCCUUGGGAGAGAAGACAACGAAGAAGUUGAAGAUGAAGAUGAUGAAGGUGAAAACUUAUUAGAUGAAGAUGAUGAAGGUGACGAAGGUGCUGAUGCUAUUGCUCCGGGAAAGUCAGACGCAGUCCUGGCUGCGAAAAAUGAACGUGCACUGGACAUGAACGAAGGAAUAAUGAAUAGGCUUUCUCAGUUGGACGAUUAUGCUACUCAAAAAUUGCAAGGUCUCGUUGGAUAUAUAAAGCAGAAUGUGGAGCUUGAAGAUGGUAAGACGUAG